GUGGAAAAUAUGUUUGAAAAACAAAAAUAUAAUUCAUAUCAAGCAACAAGGUAAAAAAAAUAAAAUAAACAACAACUACAAAACUCAAUACUCGUCUGCAACCAACAACCUGCCAACACCCUUUAAAUACAACAACGCGGCCCUUAACAACCACUACAUACCGAACAACCACAACAACAAUCAACAAAAAUUCCAAUAUUAUUAAACAACAGCAACAACGUACAAAAAUUUAUAUUUUUCUGAAUAAUUCUGAUUGAUAUAAUCACCAAUAAUGUCUACAACUGCCUACUUUUGAUUAUGAGCCUAAAUGUGUGGUUUAAAGGUUGUAUGAGAGACUGUAUUUAAAGUAUCAAAACAAAAAAAAAAACAGUAACAUGACUUUUAUGAUUUCCUAAAACCAUAAAACCAUGCGUGCCGCUACAAUAGUUAAAGCAGCAGCAGCAUCGUCGUCGUUAAAUCAUCUUAAAUUUUCAAGUGGUUUUUAUACUGCAUUAGAAACAACAGCCAAAACAACAACACCAACAACAACAGGAAGAGGACAUAUAAACCACACAUUAGAAACAACAACAACAUCUAGAGCACAUCAUCAACAAACAUAACAGUCAUUGUUGUUGUAGUGAUAGUAGACGACGUAUGUAGUAGAAAGAAACAAUAGCAGCCGUAAACGAUAAAAUUAACUACACAUCAACACACAAUACGCCAGCAACAAGAACAAAAACAACAACAACAAUCAAAAGAAAGAAAGCAAACACGAAAGGAAAGAAACGGAAAGCAAAGGAAAAGGGCAAAGUCAUUAUCAUCGUCAUCAACAUCAACAUCAAGAACAUCCUCGACAUCCUCAUCGUCAUCACCAACCAUCAUCAUCAUCAUUGUAAUUGCCUCCACUACUAUUAGAAUUUUCUUACGUUAGAUUUAAGUUUAGUUAGAAGAAGAAGAAGCAGCAAAGGUUUUUUUUAGACUUUUAAAACCCAACCGUGGAGAAAGACGAAUUUUGGAAGCCAAAUCACAGUUACAACAACAAUUUCAGCUAUUUUGUGACAGAAAAUUGCUCGUUCGUUUGUAGCCAACACAACGACAACAACAAGAACAACAUAAUAAGAACAAGAACAACAUGCCGCUGCCGUUGCUGCCUUUGCCUUUUAACUUGUGGUCUUCAACCAUUACAACAGGACUUGUAUGUGUCAUAUUGAUGACAACAAUAACAAAUGUUUUUGCCAUCGACUGUUUCAAGUGUGUUUCAUAUAAUGGCGCCAACAAGGCUUGUGAUGAUCCCUUUCACAAUAAUUACUCAACCGGCAUAUUGGAAUCACCGUGCAUGGGUGGGCGUAAAGGUAGAAAUGGUCUAUUUCCAGCUACAGCAUGCAUUAAAAUUGCUGGUUACUAUGAUGACACUGGUGAAACCAUAACCGUUAGAGGCUGUGCUUUAGAUAGUGGAACUUUAACCACAGACACGGAAAUUGUACGCAUGUCACACUGUGGUAAAUUCUACUAUGACGACAGAUAUGUACAUGGCUGCCUGCAAAGUUGUAGUGAUUCCGAUGCAUGUAAUACCGCCUCCCAACCUCUACACAUAUCAUCAACGACAUCGCUUAGAUUGAAAUAUUUGCUGAUAUCAUUAGUUGUAAUAUUAAUGAAUAAUUAUCAAUUGGAUACCACCAGGUAGCAUUACAUUCUCUAAUUAGCAUUACAGUCCAAAACAUAUAGAGAAACAUAAACCAA